UCACCAGCAGCUCGCUCGUCAUCCAAUCCCGAACUUUCAAGCUCGUCUUCCCCACCUCGUCCCGCUCCUUCACGACCACCUCCACCAUUACAUCCGCCACCACCACCUCCUGGCUGGACUGUGAAUAGUGAUCCUUCGUCAUCACAGACAAUGUAUCAGCAGGCGACAAUCCCUUCUUGGCGAGAAGAUGAAUUAACAUCGAACAGCUCACGUAAGUGUUCACAUGAAAAUCCAGAAUCGUCCACAGUUUGCUCUUAG